AUGGCUGAAAGCGCAUCCAAACGCCUCAAGACCGACGGCGGCGUCACCAUUGGCACGCACAAUGGCCACUUCCACGCCGACGAGGCCCUGGCCGUCUACAUGCUGCGGCUGCUCCCGGCCUACGCCGGCUCGGCGCUGGUGCGCACGCGCGACCCGGCCCUGCUCGGCGAGUGCCACACCGUCGUCGACGUGGGCGGCGAGUACGACGCUGCUGCCAACCGCUACGACCACCACCAGCGCACCUUUGCCACGACAUUUCCCGGCCGCCCGACCAAGCUCUCGAGCGCCGGUCUCGUCUACCUCCACUUUGGCCGCGCCAUUGUGGCCCAGCAGCUCGCCAAGCCCGAGGACAGCGACGAGGUCGGUCUGCUGUGGAACAAGAUUUACGAGUCCUUUGUCGAGGCUCUCGACGCCCACGACAAUGGCAUCUCGGCCUAUGACCCGGCGGGCAUCGCGGCCGCGGGACUCGAGAAGCGCUUCAGCGAGGGCUCCUUCACACUUGGCGCCGUUGUCGGGCGUCUGAACCCCAACUGGAACGACCCCGUGCCCAGCGAUCCGGUCGAGGCGCAGGCCGCCGAGGACGCCCGGUUCGCCGCCGCCAGCCAGCGCAUCGGCGAGGAGUUCUCGCGCGACCUUGAGUACUACGCCAAGGCCUGGCUACCCGCGCGCGAGAUUGUGCGGGCCGCCUACGAGAAGCGUCUCGAGCACGACCCCGAGGGUCGCAUCAUGGUGCUCGAGGGCCAGAGCGUGCCGUGGAAGGACCACCUGUACUCGCUCGAGGAGGCCGACGGCACCGGCAAAAAGGUUCAGUACGUCCUCUACGCCGAGAAGCCUGUCCCCGAUGCCAAGUGGAGGAUACAGGCCGUGCCCGUCUCCAAGGACUCGUUCCAGAGCCGCAAGCCGCUGCCCGAGCCUUGGAGAGGUGCCAGAGACGAGGCCUUGGACCAGAUCACCGGCUUCCCUGGCGGUGUGUUUGUGCAUGCCGCAGGUUUCAUUGGUGGCCACAAGAACUUUGAGGGCGCCAAGGCCAUGGCUGCCAAGGCUUUGACUAUGUAG